AUGGCUCCAAAUCGGCGCGGAGACACGAUAGAAAACCCCAUCCCUAUUGACUAUGAGCACCCCGGAACUGUUGGCAGAGAGACAUCUUCCGAAAAGACAGGAUUCCCUAUAAUGGCUGAGGGUAGAGAGGGACCUUCACACGGCCUUCCCUUGAAUGACUUUGUGGAAGAUGACCAAGUUACCGUAGACACGGAGGUUGCAACCCCACCACCCACUCUCACUGAGGACAUGGUUGGGGGAGCUUUACACCAUCAACCGCCGGAUAUUGAGCGGGACCAGGAGCCAGAAGCCACUGACUUGGGGUUCCCUCCUGAAUCUACCAUUGCCACCACUGACGGCGAACAUAUGUAUCGACAAUCCGCCAUCGACGUUUCCCAGGACACUGAUCCUGUUCAUCCUGUGGGCCCCAUCCCGCCGAAUAAGGUCCCAGAGUCUGCCAGUACACCUAGGCGGCCUGUCACUAGCAACUACUCUGGUUGCAAUGCAUCAGACUCGUCAGCAACAAUGGCUUUCUUGAAGUACAACUUCGAAUUCCAGACACUGGGGCGCGAAAGAGGUCUGCCCCAGAACCUGAGCCUCCUGUCAACGAUGGGCCUGGUAAAGAUUCUGGGCCUCAGCCCCGGAACUCAAAAAGAGUGA